AUGGCGGAUAUCAAAGCAGUAGUUGGUCUCUCAUGGGAACCAAAGAUUCCGAAUUUUUCAUCGGCAAGCAAAACUGGAUUUACAGUUGAUGCAAAACCUCAAGAAACCAGUCACCUUUGGAAACCCGCCACACAGCUUGUGGAUGGCCUCUUUGUGCCACCAAAUAACCCCAAAACGCUGAGCAAGUUGCAGAGGAAGCAACUCAAAGACACGACUGGCUCGAAUUGGUUUGACAUGCCUGCACCAACCAUGACCCCAGAGUUGCAGAAAGAUCUCCAAUUACUCAAGUUAAGGAGUGUCAUGGAUCCAAAGAGACACUACAAGAAGGGUGAUUUGCAAACUUCCAAGUAUUUCCAGGUGGGAACAGUGGUAGAGUCCUCAUCAGAAUUCUUCUCAGGUAGACUAACAAAGAAGGAAAGGAAGGCAACCGUUGCAGAGGAGUUGCUUUCUGAUCUUGCCCUUGCGACCUACAGGAAGCGGAAGGUUUGUGAGAUUGAAGAGAUGAAUCGACCGGCUGAUAAUGAAAAAUGGAAGAAUAAAGGGAAGACGUCCUAUAAGCGUGCAAAGCAAAGAAGGCACUAAUGUAUCUCAAUUUUACCAGAUUUUGAAAAUUUAUUGACACAUUGUUAAUGUUAAAUUGUAGCAAUGUGGAACCUGUAGUUCAAACCUUGUAUGGGAAGCUUUUAAGUUAUAAUGAUCAUAUGUGUGGUUCAUUUGCCAUUUUCAACCUUUUACACCACGACUUGGUUCUAUGGA